GAUGAUAAUACUUUGCUAACCUUUUAUUAAUGUUAAUAAACUUAUCUUUGGUUAUUUACUUUUUUAUCGACACAACUCUAUCAAAAUUACAUUUAUAUUAUAAGGCUUGCUUAUGAGUAAAGACAAAACAGUAUCAAUGAAAAUGGUCGCUACUAAAAACAAAAAUAAAGUGAAAACUUGUUCUACGCCGGAACAUCAAGCCGACUCGCCAUCAAGAGACAGUGAUUCAUUGUGCGGUUCAGAAGCAGCCAGUCCAGUACCAUUUCUUUGUACACAAGAUGGAGUGGAGGGCGAUACGGAUGUUGUUUGGAACUACUACACACCCAAAGCAGAUAACAAAACACAGCCACAGUCUAAAAAUUCAACGCCGCUUAGUAGAAAAUCUAAAAAGUAUUUCAGGGCAAAAAUAAUAGAAAGACAGGUUCCCAAACGUAGAACACUCAGAGUUUCACAUAAAAAAACAGAGCUUUUUCAAGAACUCAUAGAGCUGAAUCAGAAAUUACCUGAAUUAUUAGCAAGAAAAACACAGAAUACUCCAGAAAUUGGUAUGUCUGGUAGUGAGGAGGAUAUUUUUAAUGAGUCACCAGAAUAUUCUCCUAAAAGUGGUUUGAGAAGUUCAUCAAGGUGUUUACGUAAGAAUGUGUUAAGUUCCAAAUUUACAAAACCUGACACGGACACAGCUCUUGAAUCUGAUGACUCUAUGAAUGAAUGUUUGUUGAAAGCAAGUCAGAUAGUUGAAGAGAAAUUUGUUAAUUCUAUACCUACCUCACCAAAAAGAGCAUGUCAUGAAUCAUAUAAGACUAGCAAAAAUAAUAUGAAAUCUAAUAUUGAUCUGAAAAUGGAUCAAGACUCUAUGGACGCAAUUUUGAAUAGUAUAAAAUUAGACUCACCAAUUGUUACUCUUUCUAAGAGAUAUGAAUCACCAAAAAUGUGUAAUGAUUCAUUUGAUAGCUUUGUUGGUAAUUUGAAUGACAGUGCUUUAGAACAACUAACACAAAUGCCAAUAAGAAGUAAAAUGUCUGAAAAGAAACAUAAAACAAACUUCAACAGUACAUCAGAUUGGACAUUGAAAGAAAUGGUGGUCCACGAUAGUCCUUUCUCUAAAAUGUUGUUGACUCGACAUAGCUCUAUGCCAGUGUCUCCUAUUGUUGAUAAUAAGCCUUCCUCUAGUGGUAUGUCUUUUGGUAGAUAUAAUUCUAUGCCAUAUGACAAGAAUGCUGAUAAUGCAGUAAAUGGAGAUUCUCCUAUAAGAUGUACACCAGAUGAAAUCAAGAAGAAACAUCAACAGGCUAGGGAGAAAUUGUUGGCAAAAAGGCAGCUUCCCUUCACAUCAUCACAACAGUCCGCGCAAUCCUUGCCAGAGCUAGUUCAACAAAACAAACACUCUAAAUUUCAACCAAAAAUACCUAGUUCUAUUGCUCAAAAAAGUGUGCCAGUUAGUAGCAUUCCAUACAAUAAUACAAAAGAAAGCAGUACUGAUAUUAAGCUAAUAAUAGAGAAAAAAAGACAGGAAGCCCUUAUGAAAUUACGACGCCGACAGCCAAAAUAAAGGAGACAAUUUUUUUUCUUUACACAAUGGGCCCACUACAAAUCCUGGCAUUUACUAUCAAAACGCACCUCUAUUUAUUCGUUAUAUUCAAUAGAUUACAGUGGUAAUAUUUAUUUUUUAUUAUCUAACAGCAACACUGAGUUUUUUACAACAAUAUAAACAAACAUUUCUUUAAAAGCAAACUAUAAGAUUUGUUUAAGAUAACAUUGUUUAGAGCAAAACGACAGGUGUUUUGACAGUUUAUCAUACAUUUUUUAUGUUAUUUUGAGUUCCUGGUUAAAGUGUAGUUUUUUUGCUAGUUUUCUUUUGGUACAAUUGCGAUCAGUUAACACUCCCGGAAUCUAGUGGGCCUAAAAAAAAUUGUUGUCUUCUCUAAGUAUACGAUAUUACAUUUGCAUGGAAAAAAUCAGCUCAUUUUGUAUGUUUUGUUAAGGUUUUCAAAGAAAAUAAUUUUACAUUUAAAACUCAAUUCACUAUAAAAAUUGUUGCCUUAACACUAUCAAUAAUGCACUUUUAUGUCUUUUGAAAAGCAGCUAACUCUUGAAUGCAACAGCACGUCAAGCUACUACUAAUUACUAAAAUUUCUAAUUAUAAACUUUAAUUCAAUGAUGAUAGAGUUCAAAAUCAAAUGUUGUGACUCUUACACUUAUGGAGAAAUUUUACUGUAUUUGAUUGUUUUGUGUUUUUAAUUUAAGAGUUAUAUGUAAUCUGGUGUGGUUUUACUACAUGCAAGUGUAUAUGUAUUUGUAUAUUAUGUGGAAGCUAAACAGAUGUAUUAUAAUUUGUCUUGUGAUAAUAUUAAAAUAAUAAUAGAACUUUAACCAAUUCAAGUGCCUGUAUUAUAUCUACUAUGCUGAUUUAUUUGAUUUGAAAUAGUAUUUGUAUGUACAAAAAUAUACGUGAAAUCUAAAUACACAACGUUUACACUGUUACUCCAUUAGAAAAGUUGGAACAACGCUCACCGAGGAAUCGUCUAUU